AUAAUCAUUAUCCAAGGGUGCCUCAUCUACAUCUUGUUGGCUUCUCAAAUUAGGUUCAAAAACUGGUCCAGUGUAACAUCCACCUUUGCAAUGGAGGCUCAAUACCUGAAUUACUCCAGCCAAGGCAUAAUGCCCGACUAUCAUAAUUGGCAACUUUCUUUUGGAAGAAAAUUUCGCUCCUUAAAACUGUGGUUCGUUAUAAGGAAAUUUGGUAUCACCGGUCUUCAAAAGUAUAUUCGUCAGGUAAUAAUUGGGUUUCAUAACUUUGCAUUUAUUAUGCAAGAGAGAAAGUGUAAAUUAAGGCUUCCAACGCUGUUUUUCUGCAACCAUUUUGUGAUAACUUCCGAAAGUAGAAUCUAA